GGUGGCGUUGGUGGCGUCUCUGAGCUCAGGCCUGGCCGCCCACUGAGGGACUGGGAACCGGGACCUUGGGCCAAGGCUCGUGGCGAGGGCGGCCGGGAUUGGAGCUCCUGGAAGGAGGCUGGGGGUUGCUGAGCAAAACCGGGGGUGGGGGCAGCAGCUCCGCCAUCUUGUGGAUGAGAGGCCAAGUGACAGCGGGAGCUUAAUCGAGGAGGGGGCACCAGGCGGCGCGCGGGGACCAGGAGGAAAAGGGGCGUGGGGACAGUUACUGAAGAGCGGAGGAAGCCCAGUUGGAGAGACGCCGUGAGGCUGCUGGUAGGACCUUCCCGGUGUCAGGGUUACCGUAGUGCUCUAUGCCCAGGUCUCUGUGGCUGGGCUGCUCCAGCCUGGCGGACAGCAUGCCUUCGCUGCGAUGCCUGUAUAACCCAGGGACUGGCGCACUCACAGCUUUCCAGAAUUCCUCAGAGAGAGAAGACUGUAAUAAUGGAGAACCCCCUAGGAAGAUAAUACCAGAGAAGAAUUCACUUAGACAGACUUACAACAGCUGUGCCAGACUCUGCUUAAACCAAGAAACAGUAUGUCUAGCAAGCACUGCUAUGAAGACUGAAAAUUGUGUGGCCAAAACAAAACUUGCCAAUGGCACUUCAAGUAUGAUUGUGCCCAAGCAACGGAAACUGUCUGCAAGCUAUGAAAAGGAAAAGGAACUGUGUGUCAAAUAUUUUGAGCAGUGGUCAGAGUCUGAUCAAGUGGAAUUUGUGGAACAUCUUAUAUCCCAAAUGUGUCAUUACCAACAUGGGCACAUAAACUCCUAUCUUAAACCUAUGUUGCAGAGGGAUUUCAUAACUGCUCUGCCAGCUCGGGGUUUGGAUCAUAUUGCUGAGAACAUUUUGUCGUAUCUGGAUGCCAAAUCACUAUGUGCUGCUGAACUAGUGUGCAAGGAAUGGUACCGAGUGACAUCUGAUGGCAUGUUAUGGAAGAAGCUCAUCGAGAGAAUGGUCAGGACAGAUUCUUUGUGGAGAGGCCUGGCAGAACGAAGAGGGUGGGGACAGUAUUUAUUCAAAAACAAGCCUCCUGAUGGGAAUGCUCCUCCCAACUCUUUUUAUAGAGCACUUUAUCCUAAAAUUAUACAAGACAUUGAGACAAUAGAAUCUAAUUGGAGAUGUGGAAGACAUAGUUUACAAAGAAUCCACUGCCGAAGUGAAACAAGCAAAGGAGUUUACUGUUUACAGUAUGAUGAUCAGAAAAUAGUAAGCGGCCUUCGAGACAACACAAUCAAGAUAUGGGAUAAAAGCACAUUGGAAUGCAAGCGAAUUCUCACAGGACACACAGGUUCUGUCCUAUGUCUCCAGUAUGACGAAAGGGUGAUCAUAACUGGAUCAUCGGAUUCCACAGUCAGAGUGUGGGAUGUAAAUACAGGUGAAAUGCUGAAUACAUUGAUUCACCACUGUGAAGCAGUUCUGCACUUGCGUUUCAAUAAUGGCAUGAUGGUGACCUGCUCCAAAGAUCGUUCCAUUGCUGUGUGGGAUAUGGCCUCCCCAACAGAUAUUACUCUUCGGAGGGUACUGGUUGGACACCGAGCUGCUGUCAAUGUUGUAGACUUUGAUGACAAGUACAUCGUUUCUGCAUCUGGGGAUAGAACUAUAAAGGUAUGGAACACAAGUACUUGUGAAUUUGUAAGGACCUUAAAUGGACACAAACGAGGCAUUGCCUGUUUGCAGUACAGAGACAGGCUUGUAGUGAGUGGCUCUUCUGACAACACUAUCAGAUUAUGGGACAUAGAAUGUGGUGCAUGUUUGCGAGUGUUAGAAGGCCAUGAGGAAUUGGUUCGUUGUAUUCGAUUUGAUAACAAGAGGAUAGUCAGUGGGGCUUAUGAUGGGAAAAUUAAAGUAUGGGAUCUUGUGGCUGCUUUGGACCCUCGUGCUCCUGCAGGGACACUCUGUCUACGGACCCUUGUGGAGCAUUCCGGAAGAGUUUUCCGACUCCAGUUUGAUGAAUUCCAGAUUGUCAGUAGUUCACAUGAUGACACAAUUCUCAUCUGGGACUUCCUAAAUGAUCCAGCUGCACAAGCAGAACCUCCCCGCUCCCCUUCCCGAACAUACACCUAUAUCUCCAGAUAAAUAACCAUACACUGACCUCAUACUUGCCCAGGACUCAUCGAAGUUGCAGUAUUUAACAUAUCUGCCAACACCAGGAGGAGCAACAACAGUAACAACCAAACAACUACCCGGUUUUCCUGGACUAUCCUAGGAGCAGGGCUUUGAGACUCCUGUUGGGACACAGUUGGUCUGUAGUCGGCCCAGGAUGGUCUACUCAGUAUGGCUGACUGCUUUAGUGCUGCUAUCAGAAGAUGUCUUCUAUCUUUCAUGAAUGAUUGGAACUUUUAAACCUCACCUCCCCUCCUCUUUUCCCCUGUGCACCUAUUUUUCCCUAUUGGUUCCAGAGAAAGAUGACUUAUAAAUAUAUUUAGUGUUUUGCCAGAAUCUCUCUUGCUUUGCCAUUAAGCAGAAGGAACGACUUUCCCUGUAUAGGCUACUGGAAGAGACCCACUUCUAGGGAAGAGGGGUAUACAUCUUCAAGGCAGACAGCACCCAGUGUCUUUCUGUUCGCUGCAGGAAUGCCCAGCACCUGGCCACAGAAGCCCAGUCCCACUAGACUUAGGAGGAGACAGCUCUGUGUCUGUAGCCUCCAGGGCAAAGAAAAAAAACUCACACACCAGAAGCUCUGGCCUUCCUGCCUCCCUUCUAUUUCUCUGUUUCUGUCCCUCUUUCUUACUGUCCCCCACUCUCCCAACCCAUUUCUCUGUUCCACCUGAGAAGAAGGUAUAUGAAGAGAGUGUCCUCAGUUUGCAUGAGCCACAUCAACUAGAAAAUGCAGCUCUUGGAAGAGUUAAAUGCUAUUCAGUCAAAAUUCCAAACCCAGGCUUUUACUGCAAGUGACCCUAUGGCAACAGUGGAUUCUUGGACAUGAUACUCUCAUCAUAUUUGUGACUCUUCCCUCUUCUCCGUCCUCCCACACAAAGGCAGUGGGUGGGGGGAGCAGAAAUUUCCUGGGCUCCAUCAGUGGCUGCAUCUUUCUGGACUCAGCAGUCUCCUUGAUUCCAUGUAGAGUGUGAAAAGGAGUUGCUGAUUGCAUUUCCUCUCAUUAACAAUUAGGUGUGUAAUAAAAAGCAUUGUACUUCAUCUUAAAUCACUGGUAAGGCUCAACCUACAGAAAGGUUCAAAAUGGCCAGAGCCAGUCGCUUGGUGCAUUCUGCAUAUGAUAGUUCCCAUCUCCAGUUUCCUCAGCAGGGACUGUUCAUACCCAGGCACUUGUAUCUUCACCAAGACCCCAAUCAGAGUAAUUUAAGAGAUGGUCAGAAGUAAAAACUGAUUUUCUUUUUCAUUUAGGCCAGUAAAUAUCAUUUCUCAAAUAUUAAUCUAACCAUCUCAUGCUUGCACCACAGAACCUUCCCUCUGUUUCAUCCUUAUCCAGAAUGUGCAAAAGGGCAAAGCUGUCUGAAAGAGAGGAUCAGGGUGAAGUUUGGCACACAGGGUUUAUAAAUGGGGAAGAAACUGCCUUCUCUUUCUUUGUUUCCCCUCCUGGCCUUAUUUUGCUCUUUACUUUCCCCAGCCAAUAAAAUUUCUCUAGCAUUUGGUAAACCACAUAAACAAAUGGACCUCAGCAAGGGCCAGGCUAACCUGGCCACUUGGAAGGCAGCUGUGUGGGCUUCCAAGCCAGCGGGCUUCAGGUGCAAGGGUACUUGUGCCAUACUGACCUGAGAGCACAGGAAAUACUAUUAAUGUGCACCCAUCUUGUUUCCCCAGCAUGCGUGGGUCUGCAUAAGCCAUCUGGGGUAGCAUAGGCAGGCCUAGCCAAAGCCCUGAGGCCACAGCACAGUCUCAUUUUCCUUGGAAGCUGAGCAGUCAGGCCUGUUGUUUUCAUUCCUAAUCAAAGCAGUUGAGUGCAAGGAAGCCACUGUUUAACCAGCUGCUCUAAAAACAGCAAAGUGGGAGCCAGUUGCAAGUGACCUAAAGCCAGGGUACCAUUAGUUCAGCAAGAGGAGACCAGGCAGCCCCUUCACUCUUACUCUGAUUUACAAGAAGGUAUCCUCUUACCAUUGUGUAUCCAGACCGAAUGUUGUUACUACAUAUGGAGAAGCAGGUUAUGCAUAUGCAUUUCACUUUUCCUUUUUCCUACUUUCUAAGUAUUUUUAAGCUUUUAGUUCCAGGUUAUGUUCAGAAAAUAUUUUCAAGUGUUGUGAUACAUUCUUGCCUGAGAAAUAUUUUCAGUAUAAUUCCCUUCCUAGCUAUCCAAAUACUACAGAGACUAGCCAGGAUUUCUCAUCUAUUGUAGAGGACUAUUAGUGGCUUUUUGAUUGGCUAAGCAUUUUGUUACAGAUGAAGGUAGAGGGCUGUCCACCCUGAAAAAAUAUACAGGUCAGACAUCAAAGAGGCAUGAGUUUCAAGCUGGUCAAAAUAUUGUCCAAUAGCCAUAACUUUACUAGCCCUUUUCCUAUAUGCUGCUAUUCAAAAGUGGGAGCUGUUGAAUAUUCAUUGGUGCCUGGGGUUUUGCUCUACUAUCUAGGUUCUGUUGAAGGUAUAUCGUUUCUAAGACCAUUUUGAAACUUGUCCUGUACAUAAUAGAUGAGAGCAAGAGUGGACCCUGCAGAUGCAGAGCCAUUAGCUCAGUUGAGGAUAUUCUCCAAGUUGUCCUCUCUGCUGCUGUUGGAAAUAGGAAUGAAGUUAAGUGGUCUGAAAAACUUGAAUCAUUCACAUUUCUCAGCUCUGGGGGUCAUUUACCAGUUCAUUGUAGAAGAAAUAAUCAGGUAAGUAGAAGUUCAUUUCCAGAGAAGGUAAACCCCACUUACCAUCUCUGCAUGAUUUCAGUGGGAAUUGAUUAUUAUUAAUCCCCAACUGGGCUAGAAUAAAUGUAAAGUUUGACCUUUUGAAAAAGAAAAGAGAAACAAAGAAAGUCUCCACACAUUUAAAGUAAUGGAGAAAAGGAGCUAAAGGUGUCCCUCAGCUCUGAAAUGAAAUGUCUCCACUGUAGAUUAGUUUCUCUUCAUUAAAAUUCACUUCUCAGUGUUAGGGCCUGAAAGAAACUUUUCUUAAAGAAGGCUGAGACCCCUUCACAGGGGGUUGAGGAGGGUAGUGCAUGCACCUACACCUGUCAUAGACACAUGUGACCUCUUGGUUCACACUGGGGCAGCUUGAACAAGACCAGUGUGCCUUGCUGCACAUGUAGGUAUUUAACUGCUGAAAACAUCUUUUUAUUUUCUGUGCAAUGUGAAAGUGGAUAUGAAUUAUGGGGGCGGGAGGGCUUUUUUACACUUGUCCCUUAGCAAAAUUCUUUCUGGUGUCUCCUUCAAAGACUGGGAUUUUCUUUAGAAGUCUAUUGACAAGUAAUAAAGUCUGGCCCUCAAAGCUUGUUUCUGAAUUGGGAAAGACCCUGACACCCUUAAAUCAUUCUGUUUUUUGCUUGAAUAAGAACAAUCAUUGUUUUUCUUUUGUACAAUCUAAAGCAGGAAAAACAAUGCACUCUUCCUUUGCCAACUCCUGGUACCAUUCAUUGGUCUGAACCCGUGGUUGAUCUGCUCUUUAGCACUUGAUUGUGUGUGGAGGGCUUGGAGUAGGGGGCUAUGGGAAACAUUGGAAAUAAUGAAGGCUGCUUUUGUUUUUCUUUCCUAGAAUUGGAUUAGAUACCUUGAUAUCAUUGACCUUCUUAACAUCUUCCUUUUGCCUUAGGUGUUAAUACCCUCCAGCCUGAAGUGGAAUAAUCCAACCUAGAGUAGUGCAGCCCUGAGGGCUAGGCUGCAAGCCUGAUUCUGGAGUAAUCCAAAGUACUUAUAGACAAAAAAUGGGAUGCUUAGCUACUCAUCUCCUGUGACCAUCACAUUCUCUGAUGAUUACCAUAUCACUUUAAUCCACAUUUCAGAUCUCCUUCCCCAUUUGGAUUUCAGCAGACUUUCAAGUGCACCCAGAGACCACAGCCUGAGUUAAUCUCCAUGGGCUUCAUCCACACAGCUAAUAACUGACAGACCAGAGCCCUUUACUUUAACCACAAUCUCAACAUAGUUCUAGAAAGAUAGCCAUCUCUUAAGGGAAUAAGUCUGCUUAUUGUUACCUUUACCUGCAGUCAUUUGUGAUGUCAGAAUCCUUGGAGCUGAGGAGAGAAAUCAGAAGUGCAUGAAUAUUGUUGCCCAAUUUCAGGUGGAACUUACUGCAUUGAUACCUAAAAUACUCUUCUGUUGGCCAUUGGGUACCUACGAUCUGAAAUUUCCUGGUGGUAGAUGACAUCUGAAAUACGUGCUUUCUGACCAGCCCAGCUGGCUCUCUUAGCUCCUGAUUGGCUAUGUGUGUGUUUUAUUAAGGAUCAGUGCAGUAAAUGGCGUUCUAGAAGUGUUAUUUUCUCUCCUAACCCUUCCCCUUCUUAGACACUGAAGGGAAAGACCAACUAGGAGGUUGGAACUUUGGGUACCAAAGAAAAAUCUUCCCAAGUCAGUGAUUACUUAAACCCAACUCAGACUGAUCUGAGAGGUGGUCUGUGGACUUCAGCUGUGGGAACAGGCCUGGCUACAAUUGUGAGCUUCCCUGAGAGCUUUCGGUUGGUUCAGUUCUUUGUUCUCUAGAUUUCUAAGUACUGACUGCUUUGACUUUUGUGAUUAUGUUAUGGUGAUGUGUAGUUAAUGUACCAAUCUGUUCACUACCUAGGAUCAUGGUAAUAGAGUGUGUUUCGGUUUUUUUAACUGUUCAGAAAAAAAGUAAGUUAAAUUACAAAUAUAAGAUUAAAGUGAAUUUU